CUGUCGGAGGAAAUAUCUGGCUUCACAGUUGGAAAGGUUCAUUCGAGAGUCGUCUGCUGCCUUUUUCCACUGUUAUUGACGAGAGUGGGAGCAGAACAGUCCCGCUGGUGAUGGAGACGAAGAGAGCAGCGGUGCCGCAGCUGCUGGUGAGGAACGCAGGUCCACCAGAGCAGCAGUCGUGCAGCUCCAGCCUGGAGCAGGGGAGGCAAAGACCCCGCUUCGUCAAAGUGUCCAACUUUUCCUUGACUCCUGUCAAAGUGAAGACUGAAAGUGACGUGGCAGGCGAGUCCUCAGGCAGCAGCAGCAGCAGCUGCCGGCGACCGUCUGCUGCCUUUCUGAUCAGUUAUAAACGAGAGACGGCGCAGAAGAGGAUCCUGAUGAUGAUGGUGAAGAAGAGACCAGUGGUCCAGCCUCAGCUGCACGUGAAAGAAGAAGUUUCUCCUCAGCAGCAGGAGAGCAGCUCCAGUCUGGACCAGCAGGGACAAGUUCCUCAUCUCAUGAAAGAAGUGAAAGAGGAGGAAGAAGAACAUGAUGUCUCCCAGCUCUCAUUCACUCCUGUGGUUGUGAAGACUGAAGACGAUGAGAAGCCUCCAACCAGCGUCUUAACGCAACACAUGAAAACAGAAGCUGAUGGAGACAACUGUGGAGGAUCAGAACCAGCCAGCUGCUUGGAUCCACCUCUCCACCCUGACCAGCAGAGGUCACUCUCUUCUGACUCUGACACUGAUGACAGUGAAGACUGGAGAGAAGGUUCAAACUCUGUGGCUAAGCGAAAGGUUUACGGCAGUAAGAAGAAAAACAAGUAUGGCAAGUCCCUCAGCUGUUCUGGAUGUAGGAAGAAAUAUUCCUCAAAAGCUGCACUGACCAAACACGUGAAAUCCUGCUCUGCCAGAUCGAAUUGUUCAGUUUGCGGAAAAUGUUUCAAAAGCAGACAAAAUCUGAAGAUUCACAUGAGAUUGCACACUGGGGAGAAACCGUUCAGCUGCAAUGAGUGUGGAGAUUGUUUCGUCAGGAGACGUACCUUGGAGGUACACAUGAGAGUCCACACAGGAGAGAAACCUUUCAGUUGCUCUCAGUGCCAGAAACAUUUUACACAAAAAUAUAACUUAAAGGAACACAUGAGGAUUCACACCGGAGAGAAACCUUUCAGCUGUUCUCAGUGUGGUGAUCGUUUCAACAGGAAAAGUGGCUUGGAGGUGCACCUCCGAAGUCACACUGGUGAAAAACCCUUCCAGUGCUCACUGUGUGGUCAGUGCUUUACUCAGAAGAGGAGCCUGACGGUGCACAUGAGAAUUCAUACCGGGGAAAAACCCUUCAGGUGCACUUACUGCGAUAAAGGGUUCAACAGGAGGAGUGAGUUGGCGAUACAUGUCGGCACUCACACUCGAGUAAAUGUGUUUUCUCUGCCUCGACCGCUCGAAUUGAAAUGUGACUUUCAGCAGGUAAACACGAGCAGGGAGAAAGACACUGAAGCUCUGUCCACAUGAGGAAGUGUCUCAUGUCCUCACGUAUGGUGUCAGACUGGCCUCGCAUCCGCACAAACUAUUUCUGUCACUGAAACCUCAGGUAUUUGAAAUGUUACUGACAGGGGUAGAAAGAGGAAAAGAACUAUUGAUAUGCUUAGAUCUUGGUUUUGUGUUGACUGUUUUAUGAAACUGAGAUAACAGCAACAUCUCAACCUCUUGCUUUUUCUCUAAAAUUAAGUGAGAAGGAGUGAAACUAAUCGGUUUGUCCAUGACUCAGCUGGAGAGUCAAAGUCGGGAAGCAGUGUGAUCUUUGAGUAUUAUUUAUUCAUUAUUUAACAGACAUGGAUCAUAAUUUACCCCAGCUAAGUUUAGUCCUUGUGUUGCUCCUAAUAUUGAGAACAAA